CUCCCGGCCGCGCUUCCCGUAGGGAAUUCGGGAUGCUUGGGCCCGGCUGAGCAAUCGCCGCCCGCGUUUCCGCUCGUUCAAGGUCGAGUCCGAGGGCGCGGGCUUGAACCCGGGAGCCGGGAGCGGCGGCGCAGGAGUCCGCGCACUGCCCAUGGACUCGCCGGGGGACCCCGAAGGCCCACGCCCCCCAGGAGGUUACAGAGAGCAGCGAGGCCGGAUGUACCUCUGGGGCUUGGGUCGUGUCUCUUUAACAGCGAUUGAAUUAGCUUUAGCGGGGUUUGUUUGCGAGAGAUUCGAAAAGGAGGGGCCUGGCAGUGGGGUUCGGGUCAGCGUGUUUUUUCUCUCUUUAAUGGGGUUAAAGUUUGCGCACUGGGGUGGUGCGGAUGUGGUCUCUAAGGACUUUCUCUCUGUAGCUCUACUUUUAAGUACUAUGUGUUUAAGAAUGCAUUCAAAUAAGUGUGCCCGUUAGACAAACGAAAAUCAUCACAUUUCGAGCCCCGCUGUUGUCCCCCUCGCCCCUUUAACUUUCUCUCAGUUCCCUUCCUCAUCCACUACCAAAAUUUUUACACAGAUUCUUAAGACUUCCUCCUGUUGCACAGAUUUCUUUUUCUAGACAGCAAUGGCAACCUCUGAAAAAAUAGAACAACUCAAAUAUACUUUUCUUACUUAAAUUUCUUUUUUCUCAAAACCGUUUAAUUUAAAAAUAGCAAAUAGAUUUACUGGAUGUUUGGAACUGAGUAAUUGACCUCGUGUCUUUAAAUUAAAUGGAAAUUUAGCCCUGGGAAUAAGUAUUAAAUUAAUUGAUGCAGAAGACCAGUAAUUAUUGUAAAACACUGAGUCACAGAUUUAUGGCACUUGUCUUUCCAGGAGCUGCCAUUGUUAAGUAUUAAUUCUCCAGUUGAAUGAUUUAGCUUAUUUUCUCCUACUUACACUUCACUUGACUUCAAUAGUACCCUCUUGAUAAACCGCUAACAUGACAUGCUUAAAAUGUGACUGAGUCCAUGUAGCAUAUGAAGCUAGUAACUUGAGAAAGCACACUAUACUUCAGAGAACAGUGCUCUGGAGAGCACCCUGUGGCCUCAUCCUUCUUGAAGGAAUCUAUUAAAGGUGAUGGCCCUCCAGGAGGUGCAAGGGAGACAUCCAGGCGGCUUUCAAGAGAACAGAUUUUUGUACUGAUAUCAGCAGCUUCCAUUAACUUAGGUUCCAUGAUGUGCUAUUCUAUCCUUGGACCUUUUUUCCCCAAGGAGGCUGAAAAGAAAGGAGCCAGCAAUACAGUUAUUGGUAUGAUCUUUGGAUGUUAUGCUUUGUUUGACUUGCUGGCAUCUUUGGUAUUUGGAAAAUAUCUUGUACAUAUUGGAGCAAAAUUUAUGUUUGUAGCAGGAAUGUUUGUCUCAGGAGGAGUUACAGUUCUCUUUGGUGUAUUGGACCAAGUUCCAGAAGGACCCGUGUUUAUUGCUAUGUGUUUUCUAGUGAGAAUAACUGAUGCAAUCAGUUUUGCUGCAGCAAUAACCGCAUCUUCUUCUAUCCUUGCAAAGGCUUUUCCAAAUAACGUGGCUACAGUAAUGGGAAGUCUUGAGAGUUUUUCUGGACUGGGCCUGGUACUAGGGCCUCCUUUGGGUGGCUUCUUGUAUCAGUCCUUUGGCUACGAGGUGCCUUUCAUUCUUCUGGGAUGCAUAGUUCUGCUGAUGGUUCCCCUCAACAUGUGUAUUUUACCUAAUUAUGAGUCUGAUCCAGGGAAACACUCAUUCUGGAAACUCAUCAUUUUACCCAAGGUUGCCUUUAUAUCCUUCGUCAUUACCUCACUCAGCUCAGGUUUUGGCUUCCUUGAUCCUACGCUGUCCCUCUUUGUUUUGGAGAAGUUUAAUUUACCAGCUGGAUAUGUGGGACUGGUAUUCCUGGGUUUGGCGCUAUCCUACGCCAUUUCUUCACCACUGGUGGGCCUACUCAGUGAUAAAAUGCCACAUCUAAGGAAAUGGCUUCUCGUUUUUGGGAACUUAAUCACAGCAGGGUGCUACAUGCUCUUAGGACCUGCCCCAUUCUUGCGCAUUAAGAGUCAGCUCUGGUUGUUGGUGCUGAUAUUAGUCAUAAAUGGUAUCUCUGCUGGAAUGAGUUUAAUUCCAGCUUUCCCGGAGAUUCUCAGUUGUGCACAUGAAAAUGGAUUUGAAGAAGGAUUAAGUACCUUGGGACUGGUGUCAGGUCUCUUUGGUGCAUUGUGGUCAGUUGGUGCUUUUCUAGGACCAACUCUGGGGGGAUUUCUGUAUGAGAAAAUUGGUUUUGAAUGGGCAGCUGCUCUACAGGGUCUCUGGGCUCUGACAAGUGGACUAGUGAUGGGCUUGUUUUAUCUAUUGGAGCAUUCAAGGAGAAGAAGGAGAUCUAAACUUCAAAAUAUCCUCGGCACAGAGGAGGAACGGACUGCUCUCUUGCCUGAUGAAACGUAGCCUUACGUUAGGAAUCCCUACCGACACGGGGCUGGGAGAUGGAUGCUCCUGGCCUUGAACUUCAUUGCUGGAAGGAUUUUCCUAAUUUUUACACACAAAACUCCAUGAACUCCACACGAGCAUCCUGAAAUUGUUAACAUAGUUUUGGAUGAUCCUGUGUUGGGCUGCACAUACUGUUGUCCUGAAGAGCUGGCCUGCUGAACCAGCCGUAUUUGAAACCUUAAGUAUGCGAAGAGUUGUUGAAAAUCAACAAAAGUUUUUGGUUUUGAGUGACCAGACUUGGCCCUGAGGCUGUUACUGACUCUAGGUGUCCUGUUUCCUCUGUUUACUUUUUAUUCUGAGGGCACUGAUUCUGUGACUGGACCCCUUUUGUUAACAGGGGAAGAAAUGGAUUGAUUUGAUAUGCUUAAAAAUAAUAUAAAGAUAACUCAAAAUAUACAGAAUAAUUACUGUGAAAUCAGUUUUAAAAAUAUUUGCUUUCUCUGUGUCCUAAGAUUUUUUUGUUUUUGUUCAAAAGGCAAAAUUCCAGCCUACCAUGGAAAAACUCUGUUGCAUACCCUGGCCAUCAGCUCUUCUAAAACUUUUGUUUGUGUGAAAGAUACAAGAAUAAUAUUACUUAACACUUCCAAUUUUGUAACAUGCUGUGAAUUAGGAUCUGGAUUUAUACAUAAUGCUUGGUAUAAUAUUAUUCAUUUCCCUUAAUGUCUCUGUUUUAGUUCUAUCAUUUUUUUAAAAAAAAACAUACUCCCAAUAGAUGUAUCCCAUUCCCAGAGCAAGUGAGCCCACAGGAAUGCUUGUUCUAUGUUAGGGAAGGGGUUCCUCUCACUUCAUGUAAAAUCCAUGCUGUUGUGUGAAGUGAGUGAAUCUCUGCUGUGCAACUCUCAUACCUCCUGAUCCAUUUUCAUGGUGUAGUAGCCCCAUUUACCCACCCACCCCCCUUUUUAGUAGAAGAAAUGUUUUUUAUCUAUUUAUUAAUUCAAAAAUAUUUAUUGAAUGCCUUCUCUGAAUUGACAUUGUGCUUGAUCUUACAGAUUUAGCUGUGAUCAAGAUAAACAGAGUCUAGUCUUUAUGGAACUAAUAUUCCAGUGGAAGGGACAAGCAAGAAAUAAAUACCAGAACCUCUAGUUAUCUUGCAGAGAUGCUGUGAUGAAAAACAAAAACAAAAACAAAAACCUGGUGAUAUGAAAGAGUAAUCGGCUGGAGCUGAUUAGGUGUGAGGAUCCUCAUUUAGAUAAGGCCUUGAACUGAGCUCUGAAGGGUGAGAACGAGGCAGCCAUUCUGAGGGGAGAGCCCUCCCUAGCAUGUGCAAAACGGCUUGACCUGGUCACAGAGAAGGCCGUGGCCCACAUGGCUGGAGUCUAGUAAACAGAGGAAUUUGGGCAGGGGAGAGGAGCUGGCUUUUGAAUGGAGGAUUCUAGAAUUUGAUUCAUAUUUCAGGAAGGUCAUUGUGUUUACAUGGCCAAGGUGAGUGGAGAUGUGGAUUACCAGGGGUGGAGGGAGAUCUUUGGAAGCUUUGAGAGAGACAUUAAUGGUUUGGAUCAGGAAGGUGGUGCUGAAGUAGAGAAAAGGAUGUGUUUGGAAGUAGAACCAACAGGGUUUGCUGAUGAUGGACAGAGAAGGGGAGAGAAAUUCAGGAAGACUCCUAGGAUUUGGCUUGAGGGCAUGGGUGGUCAGCUGGUGCCUCUCAGUGCAAUGGGGAAGAAUGGGAGAGAAACAGAUCUGCAAGAGGCACAUUAAACCAUGCCCUUUCACACCACCAUAAGGAAAAAAUACAUAAAAUUUAGAGGAUCACGAUACCCAGGUUGGAGAAGAUGGACAGCAGCUGGACCACGGACUGUUUCGGAAGACUGUUUGGCAUUAAUUCCCAAAACUGAAUACUCACAGUUCCCAUGAACUCUUCACUCUCCUCCUGCCCCAAGUCCCUUCGCCCUGAGAGCUCUAGAGGCUGGUCCCUUGACUGCCAAGCACAAGUGGCCUGUCACCCGCUUACCGGAGCGGCACCAGGACGAGUGUGACCCCAGCCCCCUGCACUCGUGUGCACUGCGGAAAGGGCCAGGCCUCGAUUUCCUGGGUUAAAUCGUCCUGGCCCCUCUCCAGGGCUUUCCUUCCUUGGGCGCAGGAUGCAGGCUAAUGCGGGGCCGCCCCUCCUCCGCCCAGUGGCCGAGGAUGCCGCCGAAUGCCUGUAGUUCCCAUUUGUACCACGUGGGGCCGCUAUUAAAGCACCGCGGGGAUCCAGCAGCUCAAAGCCGGGCCGUGGCGCCCGAGCUCGCACCGCUCCCACCGGCGUCCCGGCGUCACUCAGGACUGUCAGCCUAUUACCGUUACCAGGGCUGUUGACUGUUGAGACUAGUUCAAGGUCAACGCAAAGAUUCCAGGCUUACUGGCUAGAGAACUUUUUGUUCCCCCUCCCAACACGCCGCUGUCAGUACCUACUGUGGAUACCAGUGUAUUUAAAGCCACUUUGUACAAAAACAACUUUGCCCCUUCCUCAUUUUAUGAUUUUGAAGUAUUAAGAUAAAUGACAAAAAAAAAGUUAAAAAUAUGAGAAACAAUAGCAGAACUUUGAACCUUUUGAAAUCAAAAGGUAGGUCAAAAUUAUCAAAGGAAAUCUGUGUGUUUAUAUUUAUAUGUAUUUAUGUUCAUCUGAAUGUAACAAAGUGCCCAGUUUAAAAGCACUUUUUAAAAAAUGAGACUGAAUGUAGAAUAUAAUAAAUUAAAAAGUAUCUUUUAUGUUAAGGUCACAUUGCAACCUAUACAUAUAUGACAUACAGACUAAUCCCAAGGAAAAAUAAAAAGGACGUAUUUUUUUAAAUCACAAAUCGUUGUUUCAAUUAAACUUUUUAAAAAUUUUUGAGGUAAUUGUUGAUUCACAUGCAGUUGUAAGAAAUAAUACCCAGAGAUCAUCUGUACUCUUUACCCAGGUUCCCCCAGUGGUAACAUCUUGCAACACUUAACAGUACAAUAUUCUAACUAGGAUAUAUUGGUAGAGUCGAGAUAAAGAAAGAUUCCCAGUCUUCAGUUGCCCAUGCUGCUACUUUUCUGUCACCCUCACUCCCUCCUUAAUCUCUGGCAAUCACUAAUCUGUUCUCCAUUUUUGUAAUUUUGUCAUUUCAAGAAUCCUGCGUAAAUGGAAUCCUAUUGUAUGUUAUUUUUGGGGAUUGCCUUUUUCAUUCAGCAUAAUGCUCUUGAAAUCCAUCCACAUUGUUGCAUGUGUCCAUAGUUCAUUUCUUACUGAGUAGUAUUCCAUGGUGUGGACAUACGGCUUGGUUAUUCAUCCACUGAAGUACAUCUGGAUUGUUUUCAGUUUGUGGGUAAAACAAAUAAA